AUGGCAAUGCAUCUCCCAACUGUCACUAUCGACGACCUCCGCGCCUUCCACGCAAAGCAUUUUCCCAAUGCCCCCAUACCAGCCAACUUCCUCUCCGGCUUCACCCAAUCCUCACAAGCCUACUCAAGUUACGAAGACGAAGACGGAGACUACGACGAUGAUCUAGGCUACUACCCCGAUGGCUGCAAGCGCACCCUCACCGACGAGCAGAUCGCCCUAUUCCGACACACGGAAAUCCAGACGAUUCUGCGAGAACGGCGGCAUAGGCGGGAAGCAAAUGCGGCAGAGACGCCGGAACCCGAGAUUGAGAAUGCGCAUCCCCAGAUCCCGGAUUUUUCGUUUGUGAGUGGCGCUCAGCGUGCGAAGGAGAGGGAAGACAUAUUGGUGGAGGGAGGAGCUGCUGCGCAGGAGGAUGAUGUGACACUUGCGCCGGCGUCGGAGCUUGAGCAGAAAUCCGCGUCGGCCUCCAUGGGCGGGGAAGGCGUUCUCCACGGCCGCAUUGAGAAACCCCCCCAGUGGCGAAAACGCUCCAAGAAGGCGACGCAGCAGAAAAACGCCAGGAGCCGAAAAGCGCACAGGAAGAAGCGGAAAGAAGAGCGGAAGAACCGGCGCGAAGGGAGAGAGGGAAGAGAAGGUGGUAUGGUGUCCGGCGCGACGCGGGAGAAUGAUGAUGAUGAAGGGGAUGAGAGUGAUGAGUGGGAUCCGUGGCAUCAGGCGAAGGGGCCGGAUGCGCUGGAAGAUGAAAAGGUGGAAUUGGAGUACUGA